AUGUUGAAGCCCGGUGUUAUUUUGAGUAUUUGCAGGGACGGCGUCAUGCCAGACGCGCUGUACCUGCAAGCCCAUCAGGCCAAAUCAAUCCCUGAAUCCACCGGAGAAAGAUUGAGACUUAUGCUGAACGAUGGCCAGUACGCUAUCAAUGGUGUGUUCAAGCCUAGCGAGGCCCAAAACGCCAUUGAGAACUUCAAAAGAUACUGCAUUCUGAAGAUCACGCAAUAUGAGAUCACGCCAACCAACAAUGGUAAGAUAUUCUUGGUUGUGGAUCGUGCCGAGGUGGUUGAGCAAGGAGAAAAGAGCGAGAUCAAGUUCGAGAGCCUCGAUGACUACCUGAAGGAACACCCAGAGGACAACAAUUUGCUUAAGGGGCAACUUCCUCCCCGGGAUUCUACCAUGACACCGUCACCUGCAGCAACGAUGCCAAAGAAGACCGUUUCCAAACCGCCGCCAAAAUACCAAAACCUGUACUCGAUUGACCAGCUGUCUCCAUAUCAGAACUCAUGGACUAUUAAGGCCAGAGUUUCAUUCAAGAGCGAUAUGAAGCACUGGUCUAAUCAAAGAGGCGAUGGCAAGUUAUUCAAUGUCAAUUUGCUGGAUGAGACUGGAGAGAUCAGAGCUACUGCUUUCAAUCAAGUGGCUGAAAAGUUCUGGGAUUUACUGGAAGAGAACAAGGUGUUUUACAUCAGCAAAGCUUCUAUGCAGAUGGCCAAACCACAAUUUUCCAAUUUGAAGCACCAGUAUGAGUUACAGUUCGACAAGGACACCAUCAUUGAACCAUGCGAUGAUGACUCCGACGUGCCAAAACUCCAUUUCGAUUUUGUUGCGCUCGACCAAGUUCAAAAGCUUGAAAAUGGUGCCGUCAUUGACGUCAUUGGAAUCCUGAAGGAUGUCAAAGAUAAACAAGAGAUUGUUGCCAAAUCAACUGGAAAACCUUUCGACAGAAGAGAUAUUGUCCUAGUCGACAAAUCGCAAUUUGCAGUCAAUAUUGGCCUGUGGAACAAGCACGCUCGGGAAUUCGAUGUUCCAGUUGGGUCGGUGGUGGCAUUCAAAGGUUGCAGAGUGCAGGAUUUUGGAGGCAAGAGUCUUUCUUUGAUUCCUGCCGCUACCAUCGUUGUGAACCCCGAUAUCGAGGAAGCUUAUAAAAUUAAAGGAUGGUAUGAUGCCCAAGGAUCACACCAAAGCUUCAAGAGCAUUGCCGUUGAAUCUGGCUCGUCUGGUGCCACGAGUUUGACGUCCAAACAAUCUAUUUUGGAACGCAAGACCAUCAAGCAGGUUCAAGACGAAAAACUGGGCUUAAAAGAUAAGCCUGAUUACUUCAGCUUGAAAGCCACCAUUUCUUUCAUUAAGACAGAUAACUUUUGCUAUCCAGCAUGCAGAAGCGAAGGCUGUAACAAGAAAUUGCUUGAACAAGAUAAUGGCACCUGGAGAUGCGAAAAGUGCAACAUCAACCAUCCUGAGCCUAAUUACAGAUACAUUUUGACUGUGUCAGUUGUGGAUGAGACCGGCCAAAUGUGGCUUACACUAUUCGAUGAGCAGGCAACCCAGCUCUUGGGAUUGAGCGCCGCAGAGCUUUUGAAGCUCAAGAACGACGCCGAGGACCCAAGCAUCGAGAGUGUAGGAGAAAACGCUCUUAAAAACUUCAUCAAUGAGAACAUUUCCUUCAAAGAGGUCUUGCUCAGAGUUCGAGGAAAAGUCGAUAGCUACCAGGGCCAAGACAGAGCUAGAUUUACCGUUGCCAGUCUUGCCAAGGUCGAUUAUCUUGCCGAGUGCGAGGCUCUUGUCGAGAUUCUCAGCAGCUACUCUGUGUGA